UUUCAGCAUAUGGUGCAGAUGUAUGUAGUAGGUUGAUGAAAUAACUCUACAUAUGCUUAGUUACUAAAUGAUUUUAUUACACACUGAAAUGGAUAAUCAUGGCUGAUGAGGAGCUAUUAAAAAACACCAAGGAUUCUGUCAUUUUCUCUGAUAAAGAGACUGUGGAAACUAACAAUUUGAAAGAUCAAGAAAAGAUGGGCCAAGUAUCAGUGGAUGUUAAUGUAUCUGGUAGUAAAGAAGCCCUGGAAAGAGAAAAUUAUGAGAGUAAAAGUAAAUUGAAGUUGUUCAUUUGUGCAUCUGGGAUUCUGGUAUGCUACUUUUACUAUGGGAUAAUACAGGAGAUGAUUACAAAGGGGAAAUAUGGAGAGGGAGAAACACAAGAAAAGUUCACAUACACACUAGCAUUAGUGUUUGUUCAAUGUAUCAUCAACGCUAUAUUUGCCAGAGCAACUAUAGCUGUAACCAAACCAGGUGAAGAUAAGACUCCAAUAUGGUUCUAUAUCAGUUGUUCUCUCACCUAUCUUGGUGCCAUGUUGGCCAGUAAUCACUCCCUACAGCAUGUCCCAUACCCUACUCAGGUGCUGGGGAAGUCUAUAAAGCCCAUCCCUGUGAUGAUACUUGGAGUCCUAUUAGCAAGAAAGCGCUAUCCAUUGGCCAAAUACCUCUGUGUCUUCCUCAUUGUUAGUGGGGUGGCCCUAUUUAUGUAUAAAGAUAAAAAAUCUACAGCUGCUUCUUCAGAUACUCUGUUUGGCUUUGGAGAACUUUUAUUGAUUAUAUCUCUCACCUUAGAUGGUCUAACAGGGGCCUCUCAAGACCGCAUGAGGACUGAGCAUAUGACCAAGGCCCACCACAUGAUGCUCAAUAUGAACACCUGGUCCAUACUAUGGCUAGGCACAAGUCUUGUGCUCACUGGUGAGGGUAUAGCAUUCCUAGGGUUUGUGCAGAGACACCCCACAGUCCUCAUCAACAUGGUCAGCUUCAGUGUGGCCAGUGCACUCGGUCAGAACUUCAUUUUCAUCACAGUGACAUCAUUCGGUCCAUUGACUUGCUCUAUCGUCACAACAACCAGGAAAUUCUUCACAAUUCUCGGUUCUGUGUUUCUGUUUGGGAAUCCAAUGUUAGGCCGACAGUGGGUAGGAACUUUGCUGGUCUUUAUAGGCCUUGGGCUAGAUUCAAUUUAUGGAAAGGCCAAGAAAAAGAGUUAACCAAUGUGAUAUUUAGGUACUAGCAGCUAGGAUAUUUUUGUAUACUUAUAAAUGUUUGGGGAAGGUUAUAUCUAGACAAUUUUCUCAUUCCUAAAAGGAAUCAGGUCAAUAUAUCAAAUGUACACCCACAAACUAAAUUGAAUACUGUAAAACGGGUAUUGUUAGCGAGGGGUAAUUGUUAGCGAUUGUUAGCGAUCGCUAUAGUUUCGCUA